UAUAUAUUUUAUAUUUUUGUGUAUAUUUGAGGAAGAGAAAUGAGUGAAGUGUAUUUAGCAAUAUAUUCUACAGCAGACUUAUGUCUUGCACCAAUAGAAACGAUAAUAACUCUAUUUACCAUAAAAUAUUGCAAAUCCUUGAUUAAUAUCAAGUUAAUACCAACCAAGCAAGAUUUAACUGAACAAGCAUACACAAUAAAUCUCUCGAAUUUUACUUAUGAAGUUAUAAAUGUAAAUGAAAUACCUUAUUAUGCAAGCUUGUGCGAAUUACCAAAUAUCAUUAUAAAUGAAAAUAGCUGUGUGGCUGGUUUGUGUACAGUCUUGAGGCAAAUUGUAAAGGAUGUUAGCACAGAACAUUCAAUGUAUUACUGUAAUAAGUUAUUAGGAUUUAAAGGUUCUUGCUUGAUGGCUUGUUCAGAGGCAAGCAUAUGGACUAAAUUUUGUGAAGUUGAUCUAAUUUUAACUUUGAAAUCUUUAGAUAAAAAAAAUUUAAAUACACCUGAACUACCUAUUAGUUUAGCCAGAUUUGAAUGUCACAUGUCUCAACCAGUUAAAUUGCAUAAUUUAUAUAAAUAUACAAUGUGCAAAAAAUUUGCUACGCUUAAUGUAGCUAAACAGGAUGGAACAGGCUUGCUGGAACAUACAUAUGCGGAAGGCACAUACAUUACACUAGCUGAUAUAAUCAUAUUUGUGUGCAUGCACAUUCUGCUGAAUAUGUUUUCAAGUGAAACAAUACUAAAAUUGGUACCUCUAACAGUCAAAUGGUACAAUAGGAUGUUGACAGAUCAGUUUAUAAUAAAAUGUUUAAAUUAUUUACCUUUGCUAAAGAGUCAUAAUUCAAAUAUGCUUCAAUAUACAUUUCCAGCUGUAGUAAAUGAAAGCUUAUACAAAAGUGAUCCUAAACGGUAUAAACCCAAAAAUUGUGGAUACACGAAGCAAGAGGAUAUACAACAUUCAUUGCAAUUAGUUGAAGACAUAAAUAUUUCAAUGGAACUUGAUGCUGAACCCUUUGGUACAGAAAUAAACCUGGAUUGGUCUAAUGUACCUUUCGAUGCUACACCAGAAGGUGGUUCACUGCCACCAGUGAGAUUGCAGCGUAAGCAAGAGCAAUUACAAAACUUGUGCAAACCUGUUCUGAAAUUGGCCAAAACAGGCGACGUCAUUGUAGAUUUUUGUUCGGGUGGUGGACACUUGGGAAUAUUGAUAGCAUAUUUAUUGCCUGAUUGUACGAUUAUUCUUCUAGAGAAUAAAGAAGAAUCUUUGAACAGAGCCAAGAAAAGAGUCCAAAGAUUAAAAUUGAUAAAUGUAAAAUUUUGCCAAUGUAACUUGGAUUAUUUCAAAGCAGAUUUUGAUAUUGGCACAUCAUUACACGCUUGUGGUUUAGUUACCGAUUUAGUUAUUCGAUGUUGCAUACAAAAGAACGCGACUUUUGUGAGUUGUCCAUGUUGCUAUGGUUCAUUGCGAGAUUGUCAUCAGUUAACAUAUCCGCGAAGUGAUAUUUUUAAGAAGCAUAUUGGUAAUAAAGAAUACUCAUUUUUAAGUCAUGCUGCAGACCAAACGCACGAGGCAUUGAAUGUUAAAACCAAACAAGGCUAUAGAUGCAUGGCAAUUGUAGAUACAGAUAGAAAAUUAUUUGCUGAACAAUUUGGAUACAAAGUUUAUUUUGCAAAACUAAUUCCAGAAACAUGUACACUUAAAAAUCAUUUGUUAGUUGGUAUACCAAACGAUAAAUUAACAAAUGUUUAAAAACUUAUUAAUAUUCUAUUGCAA